AUGUUGGACCUCCAGGGACUCUGUUUCUCUUUCCUUCACAUUCCGAGAAAGCUCCAUCUCGCUCUACUACAGCCGGUAUCUCGAGCUACCAAGUCGGUUGUUAAGCGAAGCAUCAUGUUUGUCUUCCGGAGAGAGGACCUGCCCAAGGAUCCCGUGUUUCCUACGAAUCUCAAGCAACUCGGAUAUUUCAUUAAUGACAAGGAUGAGAUACGCAUGAUCUCGAACCCAGAGGAGAAGUUUCUCUAUAGAAUCAACGCCAAUGAGCGCUACAAUGAGCUCCAGAAAGAAGCGAUGAACACUUGCAUUCGAAACAUCGUGAUAUCCCGCCUACAUGAUCAAGGGCUAGAGACAUUGCGGCUGCCUCUCGGGGCCAAAGCAAAUGAACAACACGUACCGAUUCUGGUCUCCCCCACGUUUAAAACAGACAAACGCAUUAUCGUUGUCUUUGGCGAGCCAGUUCAGGAUCUCGGUAUCUGGGCAUACCGGAUUAUUGGCCAUGAAACCAUCAACUCUGGGUCUGCAGUGGACUUCUCAGCAGCUGUCUUAGGCGGUAAAGGUGAAUCUCCAGCACCAGGUCUCAUCCUGACCAACCCUGGGCAAUUAGUUUGGCACUGCGCAGGUGAAAAUGCCAUUUCAUUACCGUCAUGGCUGGCACUCCCUAGGAAACACGCCGUUGACCCGCCUAUGAAGAUGACCGUUCGAAACAAGAUACCCGGGCAUGAAACUUGGCAGGACCAUAUUACGUAUGUUUUUGAUGAGGUGCUGGGUAAACUUGCUCCAGAUGCAAAGAUUGAUAUUAUUGGACUUGCAGAGGGCAGUCUUGCUGCCGUUAGGUACCUGGCUGAACAUUGGUCGACGUGGAAGUCUCGCAUAUCUUCCAUGGCACUUGGUAACCCGUUACAUGACAUGAACCAUCUGCACCCAGCGGAAUUCGCAGAGUUCAUAUCGACUCGUUGCCGCGCUUAUUUGAUCUCUGACAAAGAGUUAGGUCAGCCUGUGGCGGGAAGAUACGAGUAUGGCUGUAACUGUUAUUCGUCUGGAGAGUCGAAAAACGUCGAAUGCAUCAUCCCUCGGGCCUAUGAAAGUAUGCUGAAAUGGAUUGAUGAUAUGCAUGACAAACCGGAACUGAAGGAGACCGAGGUUUUUGUUAGUGAGGACUUUGAGAUUGCUGAACCUGGCGAGGAGUUCGGCGGUGGUAAUGGCAACGGUGCUGUGGUAGAGGAGCUCAACUAG